AUGGAUGAAGCCAUGGAUUACGCAUACCACCAUCCGGAGCAGUCUCAGGGCCAGGCACAGAAUCCGUAUGCACAGCAGCGUCCGCGAUGCCCUUAUUUCCUUAGCAGAGAAGGCCAACAGCAAGUCCCUGGGAUACCACAGCACCGCUCGACAAUGCACUACGACCCAGUCCACUCCUCAGCGAAUUACCCAAGCUGGCAACCUCAAGGACCACCACUGCCGUCUGGGCCGUAUCACUGGCAACACCAACCUCACAUGACGAACCACCGAGGACCUCCGGCACUCCAGCACCGGCCUUCAAACUCGGCCUCUGAGGCGCCUUACUACAACCAUGCGCCUGUUCCGAACUUUGGCAAUAUGGCUGGUGGCUAUUCGGGGGCAACCCCAAGCGAGAUGGGGGGCCCUCCGACCAUGCAACCGUCGUUCCCUCAUACGCAGCUCCCUCCGGUGAGAUUUAAUCUAUCGACAGCCCUUCCAGCAGGCCACCCGGCACAAGGCCAGCCGUUCUAUACUAGCUCUGAGAGGAACUUUGGUGGGCAGAAUUCCGCCCCACGCCACAGCACCUUGAACACAGCUGCACACUCUAUGAACACAUCGACUUCUGCCGUAGCGCAAACCAACUCAGAACACCUUGCAGCGGCUCCAAAUCCCCCCCAGCCCGAGGCACAGGAAUCUACCAGUGGCCCAAGUCAAGCACCAUCUUCCGGGGCUCGUAUACAGUUUGGAUCUGCUCCUCCUUCCGCUGCUCCCCACCGCGGCCAUGCGACCUUCCCCAAUCCGCCACAUGAAGUUCACCAACCUACUUCAGGCGCCUCAUCUUCUGGAACCUCAAGCUCUUCAAGUAGCUUGGGCUCGUCAAAUCAUCACCAUUCAGAGCGACGCCGUGUUCCUGCUAUUCGCCGCACAAUGUCCAGGAGACAAAGCCCACUGUCCGACAGCGACGUGGAUUCCGACCGAGGCGCGCUCGAACAGGUCAUAGCAAUGGCUGGAAACCCAACCCAAAUGGCACGUCAUAUCAUGACUCUGGAAGAAGACCACGUGCGGGCCGCCCAAUUCAUGCGCGGCUCCGUGACCACGAAAUAUGUGGCAUCCUCAUCAGCUAUCCAAUCUCUUCAGAGCGUUCCGAUUACCGAGCUAUCAGAGAGCGAGAGGACCUGCGUCAUCUGCUACAACGAGUUCGGUGUAGAAACACCCGAAGGUGUGAAGGAGGCACCACUUCGACUGCCCAAAUGCAAGCACAUAUUUGGUGACCACUGCAUCAAGAAAUGGUUCGAGGAGUCGGACAGCUGCCCUUACUGCAGAGACAAGGUGCCGCACGAACCUAGGAUCACGUCCACACACCCAAACUUUGACCGGUACUUCCGUAAUCGCGGUCAUGUGAGCCUCGGAGGCAUUGCUGGCUACGCUGGCUACAUGCGAGAUAGGGACGCCAGUUUGGCACAGGACGACUCCAACCGAUCGCAAGGAUCUGGGUCUAACCAUGGUGAACGCCGCUCUCCCCCAACAGACAGCGGUGAAAGUCGGCGUAGGAUUAGACCUCGUACUGGUGUUCAGGGGCCAGGGUCACCAACUUUCAGCAGCAGCCGGCCCAGACCGGUGUCCAGCACGUACGAAAGUAGUCGGAGAUCGCAUGCUGCCAUUCCAGCUCGAGGAGCUUUCGCACCCAGCGGCUCCCAUCGUACGCACCACAGUGCUAUAUCACAGGUGUCCUUUUCUGGUUCCAACAUGCAUCAGCAUCAGCACCAGCACCAGCACCAGCACCAGCACCAGCAUCAGGCGACUGGCUUUGGAGGUUUAGGAGAGCCUUCGACUGCCUCGGCGCUGUCAGUUCCGGUUUUCUCACAGCUCACUAGUGGAGCCAUGCCCACCGCUCUUGGCAUGCCAGACGGACUCCAUGGUAGCGAAUAUCUGAACUCCACGAACCGAACCUCUUUGCCGGCAGCCCUCCCGAGCCCUUGGACCAUCGGAGACCCAGCAGCACCUGACGAAAGCCAUCGGCGUAUGCUGGGCGGUGAGAAUGGUGUGUCGCUCCAUGCCAACCCAUGGGUACGGGAAUAG